AUGGGUUCCCCGUGGCGCCACGUCUUUUCUGAAAAAUCGGGUGCACCUUUCUACUGUCUCUUAGAAUUAUCUACGGUUUGUGGAGCAUUCCUAAUUGUUUUCCCUUUAUAA